ACUUUGACCCCGCAACUUCGACUAUUCCAUUCUUUACUAAAUCAACCACCCACUUAAUUGCAUCUGCUCUUUCCUCCUCCUCGCCUGCACUGCGUAUAUAACAGCAGCUAGUCUGCCUCGCUCGUCGCCAACACACUCUCACCGCCCGCCGCCGCUAGCUCCAUUGGUUUCCUCUCAUCUCUUUGCCUGGUUGGUUAUCGUCAUCGAUCCAUGGAUGAAGUGUGGUGCGGCCUGGACCUGCAGCUGCAGGCCAACGACAUCGCAGGCCUCCACCGUGCUGGCAACCUCCAUGACCAUGACCAUGACCCCUUCUGGCCAGCUCUCGCCGAUUGCGCGGUGAGCUUCCUCGAGGGCGACAGCGCGUGCUUCGGCGUCGCCGACGUCGAUCUCACGGGCUCCGCGGCAACCAAGGUGGAUGGCAUGGUGGGAAUGGACACGAGUGCCUUAUUCUUGGAGCAGGACGACCACCUGAUGCAGCAGCAGGAGCAGCACGACCCAACGCAAUAUUCAUCGUCGUCGCUGUCAUCCAAGCGCUCCCUCUCCAUCGACAGCGGCGGCUCCUCGCCUUUCUUCGCGCUCGACCCCGCCGCCCUGGCCUUCUCGUCGCACCCCGCGGCGCCUGCCCCGCAAGACCCGUUAUCCGACGACGACGCGGCGAUCAUGCGGGCGAUGAUGGCCGUCCUGUCCUCGGCGUCCCCCUCCUCCUCCGAAUCAUCGUCGCCUCCGCUGUUUCCGGACCGGGACACCACCACCGUGCAAGCCGCCGUGCAGCCGCGCGGGGACAACGACGGGCACUUGAUGGUGAAGAGCACCAGCCUCGCCGUGGCGCAGGAGACGACCACGUCGCUGACCAGCGGCGGCCGGCAGCAGCAGGACGAGGUGAGGACGGCCGCCGGCAGCAAUGGUAACCAGGUGUACCACAUGAUGUCGGAGAGGAAGAGGCGGGAGAAGCUCAAUGACAGCUUCCAGAUGCUGAGGUCCGUCCUCCCCCCGUGUUCCAAGAAGGACAAGACGACGGUGCUGAUCAACGCGGCGAGCUACCUGAAGACGCUGGAGGCGCAGGUGUCGGAGCUGGAGGAGAAGAACACCAAGCUGGAAAGGCACGUCCCCCGCGAGGAUGGCGGCAGCAGCGCCUCAAUGGCGGCGCACCGGAGAGCCAAGGUCCAGAUCAGCAAGGCGCCGUCUGACGAUCAGGUGAACCUCACGGUGAUGGUCAUGGUGGAGUGCGACAUCGUGGACCUGGUGCUGCACGUCCUGGAGUGCCUCAGGUGGAUGAGUGGGAUCAGCGUGAUGUCCGUCGACGCCGACACCUACUCGCCGCAGGUGCUGCUCAAGGCCAUCGCCAGCAUCAAGCUGCAGAUCACGGACGGCGACUGCUGGAACGAGGCGUCGUUCCACGAGGCCAUGACGAAGGCGGUGCACGACGCGACCUCGUCUCUCUCCAGCGCCGCCCCGGCCCCGCUCGUGGUCGCAGCCUAGCUAGGAGCGGAUUGCGAUGAAGCGACCGGUUCAGUCAUCGCCAUGCAAUCGUUGUUGAACUUGAAGCGGUAAUACCGGCGCUGGCGAUGGACGAGUUCGCGUGUGCUUAUGGAAGAUAAAGACGAGAUCGCAUGGGGGAUUAGAAGUUUUUUAUUAGGUUUUGGUUAGCAAGCAAGCAGCCCUGCGUUGCCCUAAUCUGACCACAGUGGUUGCCCUAGUGUGAGUUGCAAGCACUUGGCAUAAGUUAGUUGUGGAAUUUUGUACAUAGGAAACAAAGCUCUCGUGAGCAGUUGAUAUGAAAGGAGUGUUGUAUUACAUCAUACAUUUGCAUGAGCAAUAACACAAAACUUCCAGAGUU